CGAUUAUGUAAAGUUUAUUAUCUUCCUGGGUAAGAUCCUCUUACCUUACCUAAGCAGCUAUGUAAGGCAGCGCAGCAUGUGAUAUCGUGGGGUAGUGGGUCAAGCGCCUGCCUACCUAAGGUACUAACCUCAGUAGGCCCAAGUGCAUGUGGUAAUCUACCUAGGUAGCUUUUUCUGUUCGGGCAGUGAAUGCAAGCAGCUGAACCGUAGCUGCAGGUACGUCAUUGUCCUCGGCUACAGGGAGAAUGCUCCGUCCUACCGUAUCUCUCCUUCCGAUCGGAGGUAACUACACACAUGGUCUGCGGUUAACCGGCAGGGGUCCGAUAGAGAAUGCUCAUUGCAUCUCAAGCCGUAAUACCUACCUAGAUAGCUAUAAUCCAUUCAAUUGAGUGACAACAUUGCUCAUUCGCUGGGAUAAUGAUACUUUUUCACGCCUUCAAACGAGCUUGUUCCCGUCCUCAGACACAAUUGCCGAGCAGCAUCUUUGUUCUCUCCCAGCCCGCAACCACCCAUCAUAACACUUACCUUACCUUUAAACGUCGACUCACCAACAUGGCCGCCUCACAGGAUCCAAUUGUGAGAGCCCUUCAGAACUAUACGACGUGCGAUGUGUCCGACGCUCUUUGUAAAUUGAAAUAUAGAAAUGGCGGGUUCCUCUCCGGCCUGACCAUGUGGUCUCCACAGCGGCAGGACGGUGAUACGAAAAUUGUCGGUCCAGCUUACACUGUCAAAUACGUGCCUCUUGAUGAUCCGGCACCAAAGCAUCCAACUCAUUAUAUUGACGACGUGCCGGCUGGGGCCGUGGUUUUCGUAUCCUGCCCGCCCAAAACUCCCAAUGCCGUCUACGGCGGUCUGAUGUCGACGCGUGCUCAGGCCCUCGGCGCCGUCGGAUCUGUCAUCGACGGAAGGUUCCGUGAUGUACAGGAGCAGCGCGCCCUUGGUUACCCGGUCUUUGCGCGAGAUGUGGGAACUGCGCCUCCUGCCGAGUUACUCAAGGUCGCCGCCGUCAACGUGCCCGUCAAGCUACAGACCGACGAACAGGACAUGGAGAUUCGCCCUGGCGAUUAUUUGAUUGCAGAUAUAAAUGGCGUCGUCGUUUUGCCUGUCGAGCUGGCAGAGAAGGCUUUGCCGCUAAUGCAGAAGCAGGUCGAGGCGGACGAGAAAAUGGCGGUUGGGAUUAAGAAGGGUAUGGGUUUUGUGGAGGCUAGCAAGAGGUUUCGAUUGUAGGAUUGCCUUUGGCGCUGCUAUCUUAUGGAUAUCCCAUGAUACGGGUCCUGUCUUGUAAAUUCGACAAUUCUUGACAAGUCUCUUAGACACAUUGUAGCUAGGAUAAUGAACUUAAAGAUGACUUUCUGAGUGAUUCUUGUUACUGGCUUUUAUUACCCA